CGUUUCACCAUAGAUUCAUCCUAGCUUUUUAAUAAAAUAGAUAAAGAUGUUUAAGGACCCGUAGUGGAAUCAGACGAUGAGGAUUUCCGUUCUAGGAGCUACCGGUCCCUCGGGAUUACAGACAGUGUUGGAGGCACUGGACCGGGGAUACGAGGUGGUGGCUUUAGUGAGAAAUCCGGACAAACUGACCGUGACAAACGACAAAUUACAGGUCUGCAAAGUGGACAUCUUUAAUGAGGAUGAUUUAGUUCCCCAUCUGAAGGAUUCUGACGCCGUGGUGUCCUGUUUAGGGGGAACGGCUUCUCUUUUUGGAUGGACUAAGUGCACCCUCUACACGGAUUCUAUGAGGAGUAUUGUGGGAGCCAUGAGAAGAUCGGGGGUGAAGCGUCUUAUAGCCAUGUCUGCCUGGGGUAGUGCAGUGACAGAGAACGAACCGUUCCUCAUAAAAUGGAUAUUAAGACCGCUGUUUAUUGGUAAUUUACUAAACAAUUUGGGAGAAAUGGAGGAGUAUUUGGAUAAGGAGGGCCGAGAUAUUGAUUAUACAGUGGUCAGGCCACCAGGACUCUCUGACCAACCCAGCUCAGGACAAUCCGUCAGAGCAGAAAAUGGCCGGCAAUUCCUGGACAACAGUCUAACGCAGAUUUCAAGGCGAGACGUAGCCAAGUACAUGUUGGACGCCAUUCAGGACCGCUCUGUGUACAAGGCGUGUGUUGCUGUUGGUUACGACAAGAGCACGUGAUCAGGAUGACGUGUCCCAGACUAUUCUCCUGUUUAUCUGUCCAUUGAUUGGAGGUUUCACAUCUCGUCGUCUUGUAACUUGUAUAUUUCGCACUUGUAAGUGCUCUUUGAUUUGAUGGUCAGUUGUCGAGUUACAAGAGAGAUACAGAGCUCACAAUUCUUUGUUAUGUAAUGAAGGCUCGUGUCAAGUAUUUGUUUACAUAGGUUAAAUAUAUUGGUAAUAGUUUCGUUUAAAGCAUAUUUUUUUCCUUCAAGUUACAAGUUAAUUCUGAGCACAGUUAAACAGUUUCUAGUAUUUGGCACAUCAUCUCAUUUUGUUUUAAACAUGAUAUCUUCAAAUAAGAAAUCUAUAUGUAAACAAAAUAUGGCACGAACCUUGUUUUCACAACAAAGAAUUGUGAGUACUGUAUCUCAUUUGUAACUCAACUACUGAUAUUUAAAUUUUUGCUGACCAUUAGUUAAGCAUUGUUAAGAAUGGGAAAAUAAAAUUUGAAAAUUUUCA